AUGUUAGGAUCGGCGUCGCGUUUCGGUACCGUGAGAUCCCUCUUCUGUGCUCGUGUGCCUGCCCUGGUACCAGGGCCACGUUGCGCAGAGGGCGGUCAAAUCUGCAGACCACAUCAGGGGUAUCUGGGGUAUCUACGAUGGUCCUCUUCGAAGGGGGAGGACAGCUUUUCCCUGGAGGAUGUGGUGGCAUAUGGCACUUGGUGGUGCAAGACAAACAUGGGCCAAAACAUCAAAGAAGACGUGCUGCGCUCUGCCUUGAGGAAACAACUGGAUGUUCUGGAGGAAGCGGAUGAGGAAAACAUCGCCUUUGGAAAUGUGAAAAUCUGUUUGGAAGAGAUGGAACAUGAUGAAGAGAUCAAGACCUGUAUUCCGUUUGAUGAGGGAUCUUUGCAAGACUUCAGAGAAAACCAAGCUGAGGAUACAGAAGGCGAAGAAGAUGGACAGGCUGAAUUUGAAGCAUUUGCAGAGUUUGCAGAAGCCAAUUUGAUGACCAGCAAAGAGGUCUUGGCUUUUGCCGAGAAACGCGGGGCACGCGUGGAGGUGGUCAAUUCGGCAGCAAAGAUCACAGGACACAACGGCGUUCAGGUGGAUCGGAUCCAGUGCUUCCAUUCAAAAGCAUGGAACCCCCGCAGUGGAGAUGGGAAGAGAGUUCUGCAGAAGAUCUUUGAGAUGGGUCUCCGGGAAGACAUCGCAGAUAGUGCUCCCCCUGAGUACUGCAAGUGGUGCAAAAAGUUCCAAAGUCCAGAGGAAAUCCAGUCUUGUACAUCAAACCAGAGAGACUGCCGGCGCUUAGAAAGUGACAGCUGGAAGAUGAAACUCUGA